UUAGUUCAAGCUUUUACUUUAUACUGGAGCAACGAGAGGAUCUCUUCCCAAUAAGGAAUUACACAUAAACAUGUUCCAAGCAACGAAAUGAUAAGAAAAGUUUCCUGUUUUAAACAUGAAUAAUACACGAAGGAAUGUUUAAAUCUAUUUAUAGAUUUUUUGUUACCGCCUUCGUCAGGCAUAUUAUGUGGUAUAAAAAGACAAAUAACUCAUCACUUUGCGGAUAACUAUGGGAUUGUUAUUCGUUGUAUUACUGUGCGUAGCAAUACAUUCUGAGAUUGUCAGUGGUGCGUGGAAUGGUUUAUUUGAAAGGAUCUUUGAUACAAUACAUAUUUUUAUUACUGAUGACGAAAUGGCAUUAAAUGAAAUGUUCUCGUCUGGGAAAAGUAGCCCAGGCAAAGCUGAGGAAAAUUGUAAAACUAAGACAAGAGAGCGUGAUGUUUGGCAUCACCUGUUGGCUGAAUCCUUCUACAAUUUCAAAGAAGCCGUGGAUAUUCUGAAAAUGUUUGCAAGAGAAUUCACCGAGGGUUAUGUAAAGGAAUUAUUUUUAGAGUUUUAUGGUGCCCAAAACGACACGAGAAACAACACUCUAAUUGGAUAUAACUGCUGUACCUUAAAACUGAUGGAAGCAAGGAGAUUUGUCGACGAUGCAAUCCGGUGUCUGUCAGAACCAUCAGUUUUUCAAUCAUAUGAAAACAAACCUCAACCAAACUGCAUCCAUUCAAUGGUUUGUGCGGAUUUUGUCUGGCGAACAUUGUCACCUAAUAACAAUUUCAACGACAUGGUGGUAGUGGUGGUUCAUACUGCAUUUACAAUUGAAAGUUCUCAUUCUAAUUUGAGGUACGAUGAUUCUGCAAAAAGGAUGAAUUCAAGUGAUUCCCUUCAUGGUUUUAAUAAAACUGGAAUAACUUUUGAAAAUAUUUCAUGGGAAGUGAAAAUAAUCAUGGUACUUGAAAAUCAUUAUACUGAGAUUUUUAUGAGAUUCUUAACGUACAGUGGAAGAUUACCUUAUAACUCAUUUUUGGAAAAUCAACGGAUUGAUUUGUAUAAAAACACAACAGAAUCUUUCAGCGAGAUCAACUUUCAUAUUUACGAUUCUCUAUCUUAUGAUGCUUACUGCUGUCUAAAAACAUUUUCCGAGUUUGAAUAUGCUUGUGGAUAUAAAAUACAACCUUUCCUGACUUUGAACGUCUGUGUAAACGGGACUGCUGUGGCAUUUUUGACACACAAAUUGUUCCUAGAGAAAUAUUUUACAGCUGUGUAUUCUUGUAGAAUGUCGGGAAUAAAAAGGAACGGAUCAUAUAUUUACACGUGUCCUCUUGUCCAGUUUAUAAACGUCAAUUCUACAACAAUCAUUGGAUAUUUUGUUUCUAAAAAUAAGUUCUUUUAUCGAUCUAGACUAACAUUUCCAGCCAACAUCAGCUUUUGCAAAAUAGACGUAAAAGAUUGUAUUCAUAAGGACAUUUUUACUCUUCAUUCUUCAAAGAACAUCACAUUUUCCUCAAAUAUCCUACAAAAACCUUCCAUUUUAAAAGAAGUAUUUAUAGAUUGUUUGUGUGUGUGCAGUGUGUGUAAUAUUUCCUAUGCUUACUUAUUUAUAUCGGAUUGUGCGAUUAGAAAUCAAAGACUUCAAUUUCUUAACAAAACAUCGAUGAAUUCCUCAAGGAGCACUGUUGUUACAGUAUUGGAGUCGCAAAUAUAUUUUCUAAAUAAUAGCACGGUGUUCGAGAAUAACAGUCGCAUUGACAUGCCUAAGUGGAAAAUUGAUGUUUCCAACAAUUCGGUGACAUACAGAUGUAAUAUGUUUUAUACGGAACAUCCGAAUUCAGAUUCUAAUAUUACGGACUUAUCAGCAUCAUUAAACAAUUCAAUAUCAAGAAAUGUAUCUUAUAUGAGUGUGAAAUUGGAAAAUUCGCCAUGGAAGCUGAAUAAGGAUCAUCAUGUUUUAAUGUUUGCUAUUUUUUCAACAAGGAUCAUCGGAGAAUCUUACGGCCGUAAUAAAACGGUCUGUAAAAAUAGUACAAGAAAAUUGGUCAAAUGCAUGAACACUGGUGAUAAUACGUGUUGUUUUACGAUUUUUCGAAAUUUAAAUUAUAGUGGAAUUUCUUUAAUACAGAAAGCGAUUUUAUCAUCGUAUAAUGCAAGCACUCGUAGUUCAUCCAUUUUAAAAGAAGAAUUGUGGGAUUCUUUGAAAUGCUGCUUUUCCUGGAUUUUUUGUAAUAUUCUUAUCGGCUUUCUUUUCCUGAAAUUUCAAACAUUCAAGUUUAUGUCGGACUAUGACAAGGAAAAUCACAAUUUCCAAUCUUGUUCCCAAUCAACAAAAUUUUCUCCGCUAGAUGUAACAGGGACACUGAAAGAACUUGAUAAUAUAAGAGCUGUUGGAUACCUUGAUCAUACGAUCCAUGUAUUUUUUGUAACGGAAAUUGUAGUUGAGGCAUUCAUUCUUGGCUUUAUCUGGAAAUUUCAAUUUUUUCCCUGUUUUAUGGACACACUAAACAGAAGGAGGAAUGGUUCAGAACUGUUAAAUAAAUUAAACUUCAAGAUUCAAAUAAAAUCAGUAUCGCUACAUUUAUGUAUAAAAUAUAACUCUCCGACAAAUGGAAUCACACAAAUACAAACAAGGGUCCCUGACCUUAACGGUUCUAAAGAAAGCUCAUACGAAGAAACCUGCCAAAACGAAAGAAGCAUGUGUACUAGUAAAUACAAUUUUGCCGAUUGCAGUUUAUUUUCCACAACUUGUUCAUCACUAUCUUUUUCCGAGACAGAAGAUAGUGAUGAUGAAGAUUUACAUUGGAAGUCAAAGACUGAUAACUGCGAUGACGCGCAGACUCUUAAGUAUGAUACUGAUUCUCUUAAAGAGAUGUUGGAAAAUAGAAAAAUGUGUGAAAGUUACGGUAUUCAUGAAUAUGAUUAUCAUGUCUCACAAAAGAGAAAUAUUGAAUUAACAUUCGUUAAGUGUACUGACGACCAUGACAGUGAUCAAAACUUUCUUAAAUAUCAACAAAGUUUAUUAAAUGAAGACGGAGAAGAUAAUGAAACAUCAUUGAAGACGAUUGAAAAGGAUCCUGUUGCCACAUAUUUGGAUAGCUCUUUGUCUGGAGAUAUUGAUGAUUUAAAUGAUCCGAAUAUUUCUCCAACAGAUAGAUUGAAACCUAAUGAGUCCAUCAACAGUAAAGGAUUAUCGUCUGGAAAAAAAUGCAUAGAAAUAAAAAGAAUCGGAGACUGUAUUUUCAGUUGUAAUGAAUUUAUAAACACCGGUAAAGACUUUGAUAAUGUGCAUAUAUAUUCUGAUAUUGAUGAUAAUUCCUUGAACGCAAUGUCUACGUUUGAUUCAAAUAAAAUGAAAAGCAAAAGAAAUGAUUCGGUCGUGUUAUCAUCUUUACGAUCACGUCCAACGUCAUGCAGAUUUGAAAAUGUUGAUUAUCAUCACCGUUGCAUUGAUUUCAAACAUAACAGUCAUAAACAAUUUCGAAACCAAGCUAAAGAAACAUGUGUUUUUCCAACUGCAAUUAAUAUUGUAACAAGUUCUUCCAAGAAUAAGGAAACGCAAUGGUGUCCAAACAUUACAACCAGUCCCUGUAUAUAUAUUGCACAGGGUGUUCGAAAGUUCUUGAAAAGAUACAGAACUAGACAAAGAAGAAGAUUUUUACAGACUAUAAGGCAAUAUACAUCAAGAUUCCAAGAUAUUAAAACCGAAGAAAUUAUUAUUUGUUACCCAGUUUUUGCAGAGGAGGCUUCCUCCAACACCACAGAUCAGAGACAGGUUAGUUUGCCUCUGCCCGAAAGCUCACAAGCCCAGGGUCUUCAAAACGUUUUAGCUGAAAAUCAGUGUACUGCAUACCAGUCGUCUGAUUAUGAGAGUAGCUUAGGUACACUUUCGUCGAUUUUCAACGAUGUUUCAAUUCAGUCCUUAAAUGAAAAUGACCGAUACCAAUAUGAAUGGAUUCGACUGGCAUCUUUCUCCAAUUUUUCUUCUGAAACGGUGCAUGCUACAAGACUAGCUAGAGGCGGGUGGUACAGCACUGGCAAUGGUGAUCAAACAGUGUGUUUUAGCUGUCACAAAAUUCAUGAUAACUGGGUACGAGAGGAUGAUCCCAGUGGGAGUACGCUGCAUGAUCCAAAUUGCAGAUUCAUGCUCCGAAUAUCAAACAACAGGUCAAUACCAAGAGAGUCUACAAUUCACCGAGAUCUCAGCAGUGAAUCCUUGCUAAACGAGAACACUACUCGGGAUCAUACUGAACCAGCCAAUCAACAUAUGAAUUCUGAAGGCACAUCUGUUUUAUCAGAAACUUUAUCGUCGCAAAAUACAUUGCCAUUUACGAAUGCACCAAGUGAAGACAGAUCAGAAACACACCUUGCAUCGCAAACAUUGGUCGCUCAAGCAGCGACAUCCGAGGGAACAAGAGAAUCACAGCUAGAGGCUUUAAUGCGAGAUCCCAUGGGGAUCAACUUUGACCGUCCCAAAUAUCCUUCUUAUGCCAUUUUAGCUGUGAGGGUGAGUUCCUUCUCUGAUUGGCCAGCAUCUAUGACGCAGACUCCACGUGACAUGGCCCUGGCCGGGUUCUUCUACGCUGGACACGGUGACUACACACGCUGUUUUUUCUGUGGAGGGGGACUGAGGAACUGGGAGGCCGGAGAUGACCCCUGGGUUGAGCAUGCUCGAUGGUUUAGUAAAUGUGCAUUUGUGAGACAAAAUAGAGGACAGCAAUUUAUUGAUCUGGUUCUAAGAAGGGCAGCAGAAAUGGAACAACAGCAAACGGAAUACCAGCAAAGAGAUACAACCGAAAACAAAAAAGCAAAGGAAGCGAGGAUAAUGAACUCUGCGGCUGUACGUAGUAUUAAAGACAUGGGAUACAGUGAAGAGAAAAUCAAGGAGGCAAUAGACACGAUAAAAAGUCGUCUUCCAAGGGGAAAACAUAAAGUUUCUGCACAUGAAAUUCUGGAAGUUUUGUUUGAGCUGGCGGAUAGGAGCAGCAGAGGGGUAACACAACCUUCUGAACCAGCUCUACAGCAAUUGGAACCUACUGUAGCGAAUCAGAGCUAUGAGAACCAGUCGUCAACAAAUCUCACGCCUAAUACCAAUGCAGAAGGUGCAACAUCCACUGUUAACAACUUAACACUGAAUGAUCUGGAAUCAUUACAGCGUGAGAACACGAGUCUUAAGGACCAGAUCGUGUGUAAGAUCUGUAUGGAGAAGAACGUGUCCAUCGCCUUCCUGCCGUGUGGUCACCUGGCAUGCUGUGCUGACUGUGCUCCAGCCAUGAGGAAGUGCCCCAUCUGUAGGGAGUUUGUCAGGGGAACUGUCAAAACCUAUCUGGUGUAAACGUUAUGAUGGAGUUUGUUAUGGAAAGUGUCAAAAACCAUCUUGUAUGAACAUUACAAAAUAUUAGAUACAGGACAGUGGAAAUACAUUAUUAAUCUUGUUUUAAGGAAGGAAGAUAAUUCAGUUAAUUUCUGGAGGAAUUCUUUUCGACCUUUUAUCUUUAUUAAACUAAGUCAAAUAAAACAUAUUUAUGGGAGAAUGAGGAAAGCCAUCCUAAAUGUAUUAUUUUUCAGCGGAGCUUUUCACGUCAUUGAUGUGGUCCAACCAACUGCGAAAGAAUGAUGUAUUUCAGAUAAAUUAAUACUGUAAAAUUACUAAUAUUCUUGGUUUUCGAGAAUUACAUAUCAAUGUUUACCUCCACUUUAACAUUUUUCUGAAUACAUGCAUUCAUCAGUUAUUUGUCAAGGAAAUAAAAGGGGAGAUCACGUGACAAUUGACCAUGGCGGUCAUGCUUUGCAAGUGGGAAGAGAAAAAUAGAUGAGAAUCGGAGUUAUAAGUGUCAAAGUGUCGAAAAAAGGAUCAACACUUUAUCAAAAACUUUGAAUGGAGGUUUUGGAGCUUUUUUGUAUAAGUGACUGCUUAUUGGGAACUUUUGGUAAAUUACUGUGCACCACUGUGUAUACAAUAUGUCCAGUCGUGAGUUGAAAUCACAAAAAAAGAAAGCCGGAGUCUAAGUCUAAGAGAACUGAGAAAAUGCCGAUCCCCUCCACUAGCUUUGGAACUUUAACCCCAUUAAGUGUACCGUUUGCUCCUUGUCCAGUGCAAAUAGCGGACACAUUCAAAAAUUAAGCAAGUCUAUGAAAAGCCAUAGGGGGUAUUAAGGCUGAUCUAUGGGAACAGGACGGGUUUGAAGACAAGAUACAAUGCAUUUCACAACAGCAGGAAGACAAUUAACGGAGAUUGACAAUCUUAAAUCUGAAAAAGCAUCCUUGAAUUGUUAAAAUCGGUUGUAAUCAGACUUGAUAGAAAAGUCACAGAACAAGAGAAGGAAAUUAUUGAUUUGAAAGGGCGAUCCAUGAAAAAAACAAUAUCCUUAUACAUAACCUGGAGGAAGAAGAAGGAGAAGAUCUAUUCAGAAAAGUCCCUUGCCAGCUAAAUGAACACCUAGAUAUAUAAGGAAUAGAGUUCGUUAAUAUCCAUAGGAAUACGGCGGACAGAAGGCAAGGAGAUAAGCCCAGAGUUAUAACAGGCUGGUUAGUGAGAUUUGAGAACAAAGACCGUUUUCUAAAACAGCAGAGAAAAAAGAAAGCUGAAGGAAUGAAUCUACCAUUCUAUAUCACUCCCAAGUCCCCAGUUCAAGUUAACGAAACUAGCAGAAAAUUGAUUGAACUCAACAGCAAAUAUUGGAGCGAAAAUAUCAAAACGAGAGUUGUGGGGGACAAAUUGGUUUUCCCGAAUGGGUCUGUUUAAGAGAUAAAGUAGACACCAAACGCCGAGGAAAUUCUUGACCAGAAAGAACAGUAGAAACUAGAGGAAAUUGACGUUAAACGCUCUAACACUCAAACAGAAUCAGGAAACCAAAUUAGCGCUGCUGCAGUUGAGGUAGAGACCUAUACAAAAGUUCGGAAAUUCUGUAGGAAAUUUCCAUGGAUCCAGUUUAUGGGCUUGCAAAUCGCAAUAUACGGGUUUACCGUUUGAAAGACAAUUCUGGGAAUAUACAAGACGGAUACUGUAAUGACGGCAAAUUGGGAUUUGGAAGGAAAAUGCUAAAAAUCCUGCAAGAUGAAAACUUUACAAAUAUAUCCGUUGUGAUUUCGCGCAUGAUGGGAAAACAUGUUGGUCCAAAACGCUUUGAUAUAAUGGAGAAAGCGUUAUUUGACGCCCUCAAAGAACUUCGAUAGGCUAAAAGAGUGUCCCGCAUCACGAUUUUUAUUUUCUUGAACAUUUUGUGUUAUAACUAGUGUUUUGCUGUUUUCUUUUUCCCGGAUUGAAUAGUUCUGUUCUAAACAGGUUUAUGUUGAUAAUGUGUAUUCCGGAAAAAAGAAGUUUAUGUUUGUUUUUGACUUUUCAAUUACCGACCAUAGAAGUAUGUCCGGUAUUCAGGCUUGGGGUAAUGCUAAUUGUAAUGGUAAUGCAUUGCAUGAACUCAAAGUAAUGCUAGUAAUGUGUAAUGCCCAAAAAUUUACAUAGAAUUACAUAGCAUUACACAGCAUUAUUUUGUAAGAUGAGUACCUAUUCUAAGAAAUUUAAAUGGACAUGGAUGAUGGGAAUUAUUGGGGAUUAUUUUUGCAAAUGAUGCUAUUAUAUAAAAAUGUUAUUCUAUUUAGAUAACAUUUCUGUAUCUAUUUAAAAACACUUUUUAUUCUGUUGAAAGUACACCUACCUUACAUUUGAGUUUUCAAACUUAUUUAAGAUAAAAAAUGAUUUCAAAGAAUUAUAUAAAAGAUCUUUUUUUUAAAAAAUCGCAUAUGAGAUACACUAAUUAAUGUACACUGUAAACUGAUAAUUGGUACCUUUUGAAUAGCUAGAGUGUCACCAAAACACACUAGGUCUCUCGAUUAUGUAACAAUUAAAACAAUGCAUUGUUUGGAAAAGUGCUCCAAAUUACCAGUCCUUUUCUCGUGACUGUGAUCAUAAAACAUUGAUUGAACUGAUUGAUUUACCUUGUACUGACCAUGAAAUAUCCAUUGUACUGAAAAAAAUAGAAGCAAUGCAGGCAUUCUAUGCUUCACUGUGCUUAGCAGAUCAAAAUGUACAUCCUGUCUACUUCUUUGAAAAGGUUGUCAAUGCAUUUACUUUUUUUACAAGGUACUACCGUAAUCAAAAUAGCCUAUAUGCUUUUUUAUCAAAUAAUUUAGGCUGGUGUUAAAGUGACUCAAAAGGUAAAUUACUUCAAUAAUGACUUCAAUAGUUUUACAAAGAGUGGAUAUUGUACAUAUGUUAUAAAACUUACAAUUCAGAACUUUGAACCUUUCUUUGAUUGUAAGUUAAUGUAAUAUAUACAAACACUGAAAAUCAAAUUUAAGUUAUCAUUUAUCAUGUUUAGUUUUGAAGGGGGUUGAUACAUGCUUAUGAAAAAAAAUUGUAUAACAUUCUAUUUAAAAAAAAAAAACCCAAAAGUAAUGGUAAUGGUAGUGCAUUACUUUAAGAAAAUAAAGUAAUGGUAAUGGUAAUUUAAUGCACAAAUUGUUGAUUAAAUGGUAAUGGUAAUGCAUUACUUUCAAUGUAAUUCGCCCCAAGCCUGCGGGUAUUACAUCGGCACAGAAUUUGAGGUAAACAAAAUAAAAAUGAAUACUUCGACUA